AUUAUAAGCUUAAUAAUAUUUAUAAUUUUGGUCACAACAAAUUAACGAAGACUCGCACCGCUUAAAAUGUCAACGAAGGAAAGUUUAAGAUAAAUCAGACAAGAAGCGGAUAUCGGCGCUCUUCUCCAUCUCCUGAUCUCGUGUUUUUAAAUAGGUGUGUGAGGGUUUGACCUUAACAGCACCAGCCUGUGAUUGCAGAAAUGGCUAGAGUUAUUAAGUUCGAAGAGGUAGCAAAGCACAAAGAGAGGAACAAUUGUUGGCUUGCAAUCUUUGGAAAGGUGUAUGAUGUGACUUCAUUUCUUGAAGAUCAUCCUGGGGGUGAUGAAGUCUUGCUAGCUGCUACUGAGAAGGAUGCAACGGAUGACUUUGAAGAUGUGGGACACAGCGACUCUGCAAAAGAGAUGAUGGAAAAAUACUAUAUUGGUGACCUUGAUAGCACCACUGUUCCACCAAAACAGAAGUACAAGCCACCUCAGCAAGUAGCGCAGAGACCUGGUAACUCUGAAUUUGUAUCGAAGGUUAUGCAAUUCCUUGUACCACUGUUGGUCAUGGGUAUAGCAUUUGCCUUGCGAUUCUUUGCCAAGAAGGAAGACUAGUUGGAUGAUGCUAUGGAGUUGUGAAAGUUAGCCGAUGUUUCAGGAUUGAUCUUAUAUAGUAUGUUUGUAUCUUUGAUUUCUAAUAACGAUGGCUUGGUUAAUAUAUUAAACUAGGAAGAAAAACAAGCUUCAGACAGAAGCAGCAAAAGUUCAUGAGACUUGGAUCUACAGUAAUUAAAUAAUACAUUGUUUUGAUAUAA